UAUGUGGUUUAUUCAUAUAAAUACAACAGCACUGUACAAUAAAAAAAAAACAGGUCAGAUAUGUUUCUACAGGAAGUGCAACAUAAAUUCUAAUUUAUUUAUAUAAUAUAAACUGAAAUGUUAAUUAUAAUUAAAACUUCAGUUUCUACAGUUAUGAGUGGAGUGUUAUGAUUAAAACAAACAGGUGUUUUCAAUAACUUCAAAAAUGUUGUCAUUUUUAUUGGUUAGUUAAGUUUGGUGACUAGAACAGCUCCACUCAACUCCAACCUGGGCAGAAGUUGAAUUAGCCAGAAUAAGCAAGAGGUGAUGGCUGCAAACACAAGAUGGCAAACCUCAGUCAGGGAGGACUCACAACUCAAGUGUUGUUCUUUUUCAUAGUUUUCAACAGCGCUCCCUGUGGUUUAGGGCAUGGAAAUGCACAACCUGCCAUCACAGUCUCCAUGUUACAUUUGUCAUCCCAGACAACGUAGGGGAGGGAAAGAGGAUACUGGUUUGGAGGAACACAAAGACAAAGAGAACGAUGCAGUUUUUUCCUGGCCCGUGGCUUCAGUGUUUAAACAGCACUGCACUUGCGCCCAUUUGAGUGCCAAUGCGCAUGUAUGUCUUAAUACUACAUGCAGUCAGGUGCAUUGUUGGCACCUUGCUAUCUUGAGGCAGCAGAAAGCUGCUGUGGUCUAAAGUCAGUGGCACAGUAUUUCACAGUUAUUUUAAGGGCACAUUAUCAAGAUACUGAUAUGCAUUUACAUAGAUGAGUGCAUAAUGCACACACACUCUGCUUGUUUCACACACACAUGUGCAGCAGCGCACCAACAUGCAAAAGAUUAAAAAUAAAAAGGUAUGUAGCUUGUUGCACAGCACUGCCAUGAGUCAGGGACGUCUCCUGGACAUAAAUGAGGACACAUGACAGGACUUCAGAGAUCAUGUUGCUGCACGAGCAAGGAGAGAUCAGCUGCCAGAAGAAACUGGCAAAUCCACCGUUAUAAUGACAAUCUGCCAAGGUGCAAGCACAUGCGGCUGUUAAAGGGAAUGAGUACUGGCACUCUGAUUGGUUAACUGCAGGUUCAUCAUACCUGAUCAUACCCAUGAUUAAGUACGAGACAAAGUGCCACCUUUUUGAACCAUGUGCCUAGUGCUGCUACUUUUUUCCUUUACUAGCAAAAAUGAAAUUGGACACAUCCUAAAUACACUUGCCGCAUGUGCUUUAAACCAUGUUCUUAGACUUUUGUUGACGUGUAGUUUGUCCCAGGAUACAUCAGAGAUUUUUCAAAUUUUCUUAGGGCAGCUAUUGAGUUACUGGAUUAUCUCUGGCAAGGGAAAUAUAAUGUCUGUUGUCAUGAACACUAUAUGAAUGGUAAUUUACUAUCUCAAAAAGGUGGGUUUAAUGUUAAAUUUCUCAUUAAGAGAUCUUUAGUAUAAUUAUUUUGACAUCACUUAUUAUUAGAACAAGUCCUCCAAACUAAAAGACAAAAUAGUUUUUUUUAAUUGUUGCCUACUAUAAGGACCCAUUUCAAUAAUUUCUGAUUUUACAACCCUAGAACAACAUGGCAUGUCAGUACCAUCCCAAACUGUUACGUAUGACAGUUACAGAGAUAAUUCAUACAGCUUUGUAUGGUUCUUUUAUCUGUCUUUACUCAUGACAGACGAGCAACAACAACUAAUAAUUUCACAGAUUAUUAAAUACUGGUAAUAUUUAGACAAUUUACUAAUAACUAUGAGUAAUAACUAGUUCUUCUUUUUAAUGCAGAUCUUUUUAUCAAGUGAUCAAACGUUUAUGGACAGAUGAAUUUACUGGUUGUUUAUUUCAUAAGUGUUACGAUGGUGUGAAUUCCCAGCUGUUCUGACAUCAUAGUCAAGGCUGUUAUUAAUACGUGGCAUGGAAGGAGAGUAGAGUAAUAGUACCCCCUCAGUCUCUAACCUCUUCCUAUAUGUUAACACUAGACAGACAGGAUUUUAGGAUUGUGACAAUUUGUUCUCUGAUCAUGGACAAUGUUUCUGUUGUAAGAAUUUUCACCCUCUCAGGGAUAAAUGAAACAAUGAAUUACAGAGGUACUAUCUUCUCACUUACUUUACUGUAUUACUGUUUGAUUUUGUUUUUCAAUAUCUCUCUCAUCAUUAUCAUUAUCUUAGAUGAAAACCUUCAUGAGCCUAUGUACGUCUUAUUGUGCAGUUUUUGCAUUAAUGGCCUUUAUGGGACCACAGGUUUCUACCCUAAAUUUCUUUUUGAUCUACUGUCGUCUUCUCAAGAGAUCUCCUAUGAAGGAUGUCUUUUACAGGCUUUUAUCAUGUACUCAUUUGCUUGCUGUGACUUGUCCAUUCUAGCAGUUAUGGCCUAUGACAGGUAUCUGGCUAUAUGUCGACCACUGCACUACCACUCUUUCAUGUCUAAGAGGAGGCUCUCUCAGCUGGUGUGUUUUUCCUGGCUCACACCUCUCUGCAUUUUCUCCAUCAGUAUUAUACUGACAUCCGGACUGAAGUUAUGUGGUUCGAAAAUUCAGAAGCUCUUUUGCGUGAACUGGAUAAUUGUUAAACUUGCUUGCCCUGAAGCUGACACCAUUCCAAACAAUAUUGUUUCAUAUGCAACAAUUAUCAUCUAUGUGUCUCAUGGCUUUUUCAUAAUUUGGACUUACAUGCAUCUUAUUAGAACCUGUGUGACAUCCAAAGAUGACAGGGUCAAGUUUAUGCAGACAUGUGUGCCUCAUUUAGUUUCUUUAGUUACAUUCCUUUUUGUAAUAGUUUUUGAUUUAAUGUACAUGCGAUUUGGCUCCACAGAUUUACCUCAGAGCCUUCAAAACUUCAUCGCUAUAGAAUUUCUCCUCAUUCCUCCACUUAUGAAUCCUCUGAUAUAUGGAUUUAAACUGACCAAAAUACGAAACAGAAUUUUGUGUUUGCUUCAUGUUUUGAGAAAAUGACCUCUUCAUUCUAGUGACUCCAGUUGUGUUUUCAUUUAACAGGAACAAUUCAGAGAGUAUAGUUAGUUUGAUAGAGAGAAGUCAUUUUGUAAUGUACAUAUAGCAUUUAACUAAAGCUCAUUUAAGGCUCCUGUCCCUGAUGAGGGAAUUCAAUGUGUCUGCUUCAAGAUACGUUAUGAUGUCUGGGACUUUCCUGAAAAAGAUUUUCCUAAUUUCAUGUCUGGUAUGCUACAUGUAACAUGUACAAAAAUAUGGAUGUUUCUGGUUCUGCCUGUGUAUAUAAUGAAAAUAGUAAAUCUGUCACACUACAUCAUACAAAGUGAUGUGUCUUGAGACACUGAACACUUGAGCCUCUCUCUCAAUCAAAUCAGAUUAUGUAUUUUCUGUUUAAAAUAUGAAAAAGGGAAACUGUUGUAGAUG